CAUCGGAUCUAGAAAGAGCAAGAUCUAGAACUUGUUCUCAUCACAGUGGCAUUUAAUCGUCUUCCUUCUUUGUGUCGUGGGUUUCAUAAUAUGGCUUCAAAACCAAGAAUAAAUGUAGAUGUGGUCAGCGAUGUCAUCUGACCCUGGUGCUGGGUUGGGAAGAGGAAAAUGGAACUCGCCAUGGACUCCUUGAAAGAUAAGUUUGAUUUCCAUGUGCGAUGGGAGCCGUUCUUCCUCAAGCCCAACACCCCACCAGAGGGAAUUCCCAAACCAGCAGCAUACACCGAUCCAAAUAACCCAAGAGUGGCAGCACUGAUUCAAAGUGGAGCUGAAAUAGACUUACAGUUUACCAACAAAUGUCCUGUAUUUCCAAACACACUGAAGGCACAUGCAUUAAUGGAAUAUUCAAAAGAAAUUGAUAAUGGUCAGAAACAAAAUGACGUGGCAGAAAAACUAUUCAAGAAAUAUUUCACGGACGGAGAAAAACUAUCAGAUGAGACUUUGCUCGAAGUAGUGAAGGAUGCUGGAUUAAGUAAAGACGGGUUUUUAAGCUACAUAACUAAUCCGGAUAAUCUGGAGAAAGUAGUCAGCAAAGCCGCUAAUUGGUCAUCCAAAGGAAUAUCAGGUGUGCCAACUUUUUACAUGAACGGCCAUAAGAUGUUUUCAGGUGCCCAAGAUCCUCACACUUUCAGUAGAAUGUUUGAAAUCGCAGCGACAAAAUUCCCUCUGCAGUCAGACAGCAAAAAUUAAAAGCAUUGCUAUUAAGAACAUAAAAUUAACACAGCGUAUAUAUAUGAUUUAUCUUGUCUGUAAUUUGAUGAAAACAAUAUUUACGGAAAGAAAUGAAUAACAAUCUUAUAUUAUAUAUUAGAAACUUCGAAAUAGAAAUUUUAAGUUUCUGUCAACAAACAACUUGAUUGGACAUAAAACUCUAGAAUUACAUCAAAAUACUAUUGUGCAAAAAUAUUCAUAUCGCAUAACUCAGGAAUUCUGAUGAACAGUCAAAUGUUUGUUGUUUACUUGUGAGUAGAUGAAAUUUUUUAUGGAAAUCUUCUCCCAUAAAAAUUGGAUAUAAAUAUUGUCACAGACAACAAAUAUUAGACUAUUCUAUACAUAAUUAUUUAUGGUUAUAUUGUUUUCUUGCCGUUUGCUUGAUUUGUUUCAUAACUUAAUAUUUCUUGAGAUGUAAAUACACAAUUUAUUGCUCAUUAAUAUUUCUGUUCUGUAAUUCAAGUGUUAUCUUUUUCUUUUCUUUUACUGUAUAAUUAAAAAUCUUUUAAGCUAGCAAGUCACCUUCGCAGCAGAGUUGAGCUUCUUAUUUGGGAGUCAGUCAAACAUGACUUUAUUUCUCAACCUUUCGAAGUCUGAAUGAAUGUACUUCUUCUGAACCUCUAACCAAAACAUAAAUUCUUGUCAACUCUGCUCUGAGGGUUAGGUAAACAUACCAAGCUGGCUUGAUAUAUAAAAUCGUA